AGAGAGGGCUUUUCGGCCGCAGCUACGACUGAGCUGAGAGGAGCAGCAGUAGAUCGGCGGCAGCGGCGGCGAGCUAGGGUUCCGGCGAGGCUUCCCGAUGGCCUCCGAGGCGGCGCGGCGGCGGCAGGAGCUGGCGGCGGAGGGGCAGCGGCACCUGGAGGAGACCAUCGCAGCGGCGUUCCAGAUCCUCGUCUCCAUGAACGACGAGCUCUGCAACGCUGGGCUCUGGUCCUCCUCCUCAGUCUCCGCCGCGGCCGCUGCCGCGGCCGCCGCAGGGCCCCAGCACCAGCACUCCGCUACUCCGCCGCCGCCACACUCUGCGGACUCCGACGCUGCCGACGGUGGGGGCGCGCCCGGCCCCGGCGGGUCUCUCGACGAGGCGAGGCACCGUUACAAGUCCGCCGUGGCGGCACUCCGGGCGUCCAUUACCGCCGUUUCAUCCUGCGCGCAGGACAUAGGGUCAACAGAAUCAGAAGCUGACCAUGCUGAGAUCGAGAGAUUGGAAGAGCGUGCAUCUGCUUUGAGAAAGGAAAUUGAAAGCAAAAACAAACAGGUAAAGCUCCUCAUGGAUCAACUCCGGGAGUUAAUAACAGACAUAUCAAUGUGGCAGAGCCCUUGCUCAGUGUGAAAUGUCAAAAGGAAAGACCACCAGGAGUGGAUGUGUGUAGGCCAUAUUGUGCAUGCUGAUUUACUGACCUCUUGGAGGGAAAACAGAUGGGAUAUGAAUGGAUUGCAAGUACUGCAUUUUUGCCGCAGGGAUUUAGAAGUGGAAAUGAACAUCGAUGAAGUAUGGAUUAAGUUAUUGAUGCAGCUAAAAUGUAUGUUGGGACACGGAUGCUGUUUUGGAUGUAACAGUAUAUAUGCAUAUCCAGACAUAUCCUUUGCAACUUCUGUGGAUCUUCUUGAGAUUAGAUUACUGUAGCCUUUUACAGUAGAUGUAGCAUGGAUUUUGGCUUGUCACGUGCAGAUAUGCAAUGCAAAGUCUUUCCUCUUAACUGAAAUUUAACAAACUGUGAUGAGUUUUAUUGGUAAGGCAAACUUUAUAUGAAUUGUGAUGUGAGUUU